AUGGAGAGCAACGGAGACCUACUAAACGGUGAAGGGAGCCAUAAAAGACGAAAGCUUGAAAAUGGCCAUGGUCUGCCCUCGGCUAGAUUCAAGCCGGGCAACAUCCUCAAACUUCGAAUCAGAAACUUCACCACAUACUCCUAUGGCGAGUUCAUCCUUUCACCCACGCUAAAUAUGAUCAUAGGACCAAACGGAACGGGUAAGUCGACGUUUGUUGCUGCUGUCUGUCUUGGUCUUGGAGGAAAGGUUGACUUAAUCAAAAGAAAGAACAUGGACUCAAUGAUAAAGUCGGGGUCCACGGAAGCACUGAUAGAGAUCACAUUGAAGAAUAAGGACGACUUACCUGAUUUGAAGAUCAAAAGAACAUUCUUUUUGAAGAACAAUAAAAGCAAGUGGUUGGUUAAUGGCGCUUCCAGUGAUGUGGUUAAAGUUAGACAGAUAGUGGUUGACUUGGGUAUCCAGCUUGAUAAUCUUUGUCAUUUCCUUCCACAAGAACGUGUGGCAGAGUUUGCCACUCUUUCUCCUGAAAAGCUUCUUCUCGAGACAGAAAGAACAAUCGGUGAUAACACAUUACUUGACAAGCAUGAACUACUUAUAGAGUUGGACAACCAAUGGGUUGACUUGAAUGUUGAUGUUGAAAGACUAGAAACUAAUAUAGAGGGUUUAAUCGCCGAUGUUGCCAAAUUCGAGCAGGAAGCGCAACGUUACGCUGAAUUUGAAGAGAAAGCAAAGCAAAUCGAUCAUCAUAAGAAGCUUCUACCGUUCGCCAAGCUACAAGACGUUAAGGAGCAGAUGAAAGGUUUAAAAAAGACCCGUGACGAAGCUAAGAAAGCGUUGCAACAGUUUGCUUCCACCACUGAGCCUUUACUAAGUGAAAAGGAAGGCGCUGAGAAGGCAUAUGACUCUCACAAGAGUAUUGUAGCUAAGCACAGGGCGACUGUUGUCGAGAUAAACGACACGAUCAAACGUAUUGGCAGAAACAUCGAGAAGUUGGCACAGUCUAUCGAGGACACUAAAGGAGAUAUCGACGCUUUGCAAAACUCUACCGAAAAACGAAAGAAAGAAUUACAAAGAGCACGAGAAGAGAAGGAUAACCUUCAAAAUAAGCUCAUGACUCUUGAAGAUGUCGAUGAAGAUGCCAUAACAGCUUUAUCUUCUCAACGUCAGGACAAACAUGACGAAAAACUCCGAAAGGAUGAAGAAGUGGAGAAUAUUGUUUUUGAGGUAUCUGCUUUGAAGCGUGAGCAUGAAUCGAACGAGAUUAGAAUGAGGGAGGAAAAACGUAAGCUUGAUAAUGAUGAUAAGCUUGAGGUUUUGAAUACGAAGGGGUCGCGGUAUAGAGUUGAUCUUUUGGAGAACACCUACAAAGCGCAUCUCUUGCUCCGAAAAGAGCGCCGCAACCAUGGCCUCAAGUUCUAUGAAGCGCCGGUUGUAUCUUGCCAUGUGACUAAUCCACGAGUUGCAAAAUGUUUCGAGAAAGUUGUGGACAACAAUUCUCUAUUCGCUUUGUAUUUUGAUUCUGAAGAAGACUAUCAAAAAGUGUCGCAAGUGUUACCUAGGGAGCUCAAUGUUCCUAUGAGAGUAGCUUCGAAUGAAGAUACACCUCCAUCGCCUCUUCCUGUUUCGGUUCUUCAUAAAUACGGAUUUGAUGGCUACCUUUCUGAUUUUGUUGAUGGUCCUAAAACGGUCGUGAAAGCUCUCAAGCACCGUUCUCAACUUCAUGCUAUACCUGUUGCAACAAAGCCAAUUAAUGCUGAUGUUAUCAAAAGGCUAUUAGAGCCUGACAGUUCUGGCAGGAUUCCUUUUAUGAGAUUCAUUGUUGAGAACAAUAUUUAUUCCGUUGGGCGCUCCAAGUAUGGAAGCAGGCAGGUAUUUUACCGUACAGAACAUAUAGGUGAGGCACAGCUAAUGGGCGCUAAGGGCCUCACCGAGGAAAUGAAACGGGAAAUAAAGCGAAAAAUGAUGGCCUGUAAACAAAAGAUGGACGAGGCCUUGGAAAAGAAGGACGCUGUCAGUAAGCGCAAACUGCGUCAUCAAGAGGCUUUACUCCAGAUAUCUGAUGAGCUUACUACUCUAGAUCUGCUGAUUCGUGCUCUCAGAAAGAAGAGAGAAACAGUUCUACGGACACAAGAGAACAUUAAACAUUUGGAAACUCGAAUCGCACAGCUUAAACAAAGUAUGACUCAGGAUGAUACAGCUAAAAUCAAACAGGCUGAAGACAAGUUGAUGCAGUUGUACAUUGACCAUUCUGGAGAGCUAUAUAAGCUAGCAGAAGCCAACGAAAACGUGGUCAUUGAAAACUCUGAACUCAAGAAAGCUGAACUUUUGAGUCAACAGUCUAAGAGUAAAAUACUCACAGUUCAAUCGCUUCUUGAGGAACUCGAUCAUCGAAAAGUUGAUUUGCAAGAGAGGUACGCGGACGCUAAAAGGCGCUACGACCAGUACAAGAAGGGUGAUGCUGCCAAAGAAAUCAAGGAGCAACAGCUUACAGAUGAGGAACGUGAAAUCGUUCGUGGACUUGCAGAGCAGUAUCUUAAUAAUUCCCAAUUGUCGGAACAUUACAUUCUUAUUAAGAUCGAUCAACUAGAAGACGAAUUAAGUUUGUUAUCUAAUGCCGAUAAAGGUUCGAUCGAACUGUUGAAGACAAAGAGAGCGGAUCUCGAGAUAUCUCAAAGACAGCUUCCUGAACUGAAGCGUAAAAGGGACGAUCUUAAGCAAAGGAUGGACAAUGUUUCAAUACCAUGGCAAGAAGAGCUCAGCAACAUGGUUGAAACAAUGUCGAAAGUUUUCCAGAAGAAUUUCAUCACCGUCGCAAGUGAUGGUCAAGUGCGGUUAGUGAAACUGGAGAGAUUCCAAGACUGGAAGCUAGAAAUUCUUGUUAAGUUUAGGGAAAAUUCCGAACUAAAAGUUCUUGAUCACCAGUCUCAAUCUGGUGGUGAGCGAGCGGUUUCCACAAUCUUUUUCAUUAUGUCACUUCAAGGCUUGACGAAUGCUCCGAUAAGAAUAGUGGAUGAGAUUAAUCAAGGUAUGGACCCAAAGAACGAAAAGAUGGCUCACAAAUAUUUGGUUCAUACCGCUUGCAAAACGAGCCGUUCUCAGCAUUUCUUGGUGACGCCAAAACUUCUAACGGGCUUAUAUUACCAUGAAGAUAUGGCUGUCCAUUGCAUUUUCACAGGACCAUUCCUCAAAAGUAAUGAGCAAAGCUCGAGGAAACCAGGUCUUUUGGACUUCCAAAGAACCAGUUUGGUAUCAUCGUAA